UCCCUGGCCUUCCCGGUCCCGGGACAGGCGACCCGCGGGCAGGCAUUGCCGCAGCUGCACCACCUCGGGCCGGCUCCCGGCGAAGCCCCAGAGGGGCGGCCCUGCGCACGGAGCCGGGGCACCCGCGAGCCCCCCGGCCCUUCCCGCUCCGCGGAGAGGCGGCGCGGAGCUGGAGCAUCCGCGGGGUCCCGGGAGCCGCUGACCGCCUCUGGCAGCCCGGCGCUCAGGGGCUCCCCACGCGCCCGCGGGGGGUGGAGGGAGCCGCGGCGAGAUGGCGGCGCGUGUCGGCCUCCUGCUGCGCGCCCUGCCGCUGCUGCUGUGGGGCGGCCUGGACGCCCAGCUCUCCGAGCGUGGAAGCCAGGAGCUGCGCAGGGAGGCGGAGGCUCUAUCCUGUGCUUGGGUGACACGGACUGUCCCAAGGGAUCUACUUACUGUGCUUCCCCUGGACCUCCUUAAACACCCAGGUGGUACGUCCAGGACCCACCUUCCAUUUGGUGUUCUCCGCAGAGCUGCCCCGCUGCUCCCAGUACGCCAGGACAAGAAGCCGGGUGCCAGAGACCAGUCAGGAAGAGAGGCCCAGGAUUUCCCCUCUGAUGGACCCCGAAAAAAAGCCUCCACCCUCAUCCUAUCCUCCAGUCCACCUUGUCUGCCAAAGUACCAGGCAUUCCUGGAGAAGUAUGGAUAUCUCAAUGAACAAGUCCCCAAAGACCUCACUGCGGCAAGAUUCAGCAAUGCCAUCAGGGAGUUCCAGUGGGUAUCUCAACUGCCCAUCAGCGGCGUGCUAGACCCCGCCACCCUGCGCCAGAUGACGCGGCCCCGCUGUGGGGUGGCUGACACGGACAGUCAGGUGGCCUGGACCAAGAGGGUCAGUGCCCUGUUUGCUGGACGCCAGGCCAAAAUGAGGCGUAAGAAACGCUUUGCAAAGCAAGGCAGCAAGUGGUAUAAGCAGCACCUCUCCUACCGCCUGGUGAACUGGCCACAGCACCUACCAGAGCCGGCAGUUCGUGGGGCCGUGCGCGCCGCCUUCCAACUGUGGAGCAAUGUCUCGGCGCUGGAAUUCUGGGAGGCCCCAGCCACAGUCCCUGCUGACAUCCGCCUCACCUUCUUCCAAGGGGACCACAACGACGGGCUGGGCAACGCCUUUGAUGGCCCAGGGGGCGCCCUGGCGCACGCCUUCCUGCCCCGCCGGGGCGAAGCGCACUUCGACCGCGACGAGCGCUGGACGCUGAGCCGCCGCCGCGGGCGCAACCUGUUCGUGGUGCUGGCGCACGAGAUCGGCCACACGCUCGGCCUGCCGCACUCGCCGGCGCCGCGCGCGCUCAUGGCGCCCUACUACAAGAGGCUGGGCCGCGACGCGCUGCUCAGCUGGGACGACGUGCUGGCCGUGCAGGGCCUGUAUGGGAAGCCCCAGGGGGGCUCUGUGGCCGUCCAGCUCCCAGGAAAGCUGUUCACUGACUUUGAGGCCUGGGACACCCGCAGACCACAGGGAAGGCGUCCUGAAAUCCAGGGUCCUAAAUAUUGCCACUCUUCCUUCGAUGCCAUCACUGUAGAUGGGCAACAGCGACUGUACAUUUUCCAAGGAAGCCAGUUCUGGGAGGUGGCGGCGGAUGGCAAUGUCUCCGAGCCACGCCCACUACAGGCAAGAUGGGCCGGGCUGCCCCCCCACAUUGAGGCUGCUGCAGUGUCAUUGGACAGUGGGGACUUCUACUUCUUCAAAGGGAGCCGAUGCUGGAGGUUCCGGGGCUCCAAGCCAGUGUGGGGUUCACCACAGCUGUGCCGGGCAGGGGGCCUGCCCCGCCACCCCGAUGCAGCCCUCUUCUUCCCUCCUCUGGGCCGACUCGUCCUCUUCAAGGGUGCCCGCUACUACGUGCUGGCCCGAGACGGACUGCAGGUGGAGCCCUACUACCCCCGAGGCCUGCAGGACUGGGGCGGUGUCCCCGAGGAGGUCAGUGGCGCCCUGCCACGGCCGGAUGGCUCCAUCAUCUUCUUCAGAGAUGACCGCUACUGGCGCCUUGACCAAGCCAAACUGCGGGCGACCGCCUCGGGCCGCUGGGCCGCAGAGCUGCCCUGGAUGGGCUGCUGGCACGCCAACUCAGGGGGCGCCCUGUUCUGAAGACGCUCCACCCCUUAGUGAACUGUUGGUGCCCUCAUGACCAACGUGUGUCCCCUGCCCCAGGAGCAGGACCUGUUUUGGAAGCCUCCAAGCCUCCCCGCAGAAGACCAGGCAGGAAAGUUUGUGUUUGUUCCCUGCAGAAUGGCUUUGUGCUCUUAAGACAUCUUUGUGCGAUCAAUCCAAGAAGAAGCCAAAAGGGGUCUCAAACCCCACAGCCCUUCCCCAAAGAACUCUCCUCCCUAAGCCUUGGGGAUUUUGUUUCUUCUGAUAAAGGUGCACUUUCUGUCCAUGACGCAACAGCACUGGGCGGCCAGGGAGGAGGCAAAACUCAAUGGAGAGGUUGGGACCACUUUGCAAGACUGUCUCCUAUCCCUCAGGACCUCCUGGCUCAGUUUUUGGAGAAUUGUGUCGUUUUAAAUGAGAAGCCUCACCUCCAGGAAGCUUGGGUGGGUUGGAUACGAGGAUUUCCAACCUCAGAGAGCUGGGGGGGGGGUCGGGGGGGAUCAGGACCCAGAGCAAGAGGGAGACUGAUGCAGGCCUGCUGCGCCCCACUUUGGGGGGAGGGAGGGGCUGGAAUAAAGUGGUGCCCCCUGCUGGUGGGCCCAGAGGCGGCCCAUCAGGCUGCCGUGGAAUGGUUUCCAUUGAGAGCAGGUGGGGCAGGGAUGCUGGAGAGGCUGGGAACAUGUUCUUUCCCGUCCAAGCUAAGACCACAGACCGUGAGUGAGUCGUGAUGGGGAGACGUGGCCUGAAAAAGCAAAAUGUCCCUGACCUCCCUCACCCCCAGGCUAGCUGGAGAGCCAUGGGUGGCAGGGAAAGGACGAGGCCCUCUCUGGAGGGCUGUGCUGCUGCAGGCUCUGGGGUCCCUGCAGGCUGGGGGAGGCCUGGUGCUCACAAUGGCCCCAUUCUUCAGGCCACACACGCAGCGUUCCAGGAGCUGGCUGGCUGGCCAAGAAUAGCUGGGAUUCCUGGAGAAGGAACCAGCUCUCCAGCCUGUCUUCUGCCUCAGCCAGUCUCAGAGUUUCAGCAUCUGGUUCUCUUGUCCUCCCUGCUCCACACCUGCCAGUGCCUCAUUUGCACAAACACUGACCCUAGCAAGACCAGGCUUCCAGGGGGAGAAUGAUCUGGCAAGAUUCAGCCCUCAGCUCCCCAGGGGCAUUCCUGGCCCUCCGCCUUCAUUUUCCUCUGUGCAGUUG